CUCCUGCCCUGUUCCUCCACCCUCAUCACCUGGGUGGCUGUCACCCUCUGGAUUUGGCUUUGGCAUGAGGUGGAGGCAGAGCGUGUGGGGUCUGGUGAGACUCAGGCUCUGUGCAGUUUAUGCCGCACACUGGGGACCAUGUGAGGAAGUCCCCCAACACAGAACCUCGCUACCCUUCUCAGCCUCGGUCCCGGGACCUGCUGUGUCCUCAGCCAUCCUUCAGGGAGAGCAGAGUGAGGCUGACGAGGAAACAGGGACCUGUCAACCGGAGCCAGGACCUUGUCACACCCGUGCAUCUGCUUGUCCUGCUGGGCUCUGCAGACUUCAUCCCUCAUCAGUGCCACUAGGGACCAUGGCAGACAGCACCACCACCUUGACCUUCAUUGUCCUCCUGGGCCUUGGAGACGUCCCCAAACCCUCCAUCUGGGCUGACCCAGGCCCCAUCAUCACCAAGGGGAGCCCCGUGACCAUCUGGUGUCAGGGGUCUCUGCAGGCUAGUGCCUACCUUCUGUAUAAAGAGAGGGGCUCUGAGCCCUUGGCAACCAGGAUCCCACAGGAUUCCAGCAACAAGGCCGGUUUCCUCAUUGAAGCCAUGAACCCAUCCUAUGCAGGCCUGUACCAGUGUGCAUAUUACACCUCUGGGAACAUGGUCUCAGAGCGAAGUGAGCCCCUGCUCCUGGUGGUGACAGGAGUGUACAGUGCACCCUCCCUCUCAGCCCAGCCAAGCCCUGUUGUGGCCUCAGGAGGGAACGUGUCCCUCUCCUGUAGCUCAGAGUUCACAUCAGGCCGUUUCCAUCUGCUGAAGGAGGGAGGGGCUGACCCACCCGGACACAUGGAGUCAGAACCCAGGAUCCAUGUUAGGAUGUGGCAGACCAUCUUCCCUCUGGGGCCCGUGAGCCCCUCCCAUGGGGGGACCUACAGAUGCUAUGGUUCUUCUAGUACCUACCCCAACGUGUGGUCACAGCCCAGUCACCCUCUGCACAUCGACGUCACAGGUGUGCACAGGGAGCCCGUCCUCUCGGCCCAGCCAGGCUCGCUGGUGCUGCCUGGACACAGCCUGACCCUCCGGUGCCACGCGGAGGCCGGCUUUGACACAUUCGCUCUGACCAAGGAUGAGGGGUUCACACACCCCCAGCGCCUCGAUGGGCAGCACAGCCCCGACUUCCCCCUGGGCCACGUGAACUGCACCCACGGGGGCCGGUACAGAUGCUACAGUGGACACCGUCUCUCCUCUGUGUGGUCAGCCCCCAGCGGCCCCCUAGACAUCCUGGUGGCAGGAAUGUACAGGAAACCCUCCCUCUCAGCCCAGCCGGGACCCUCAGUGCCCUGGGGAGCGACCGUGACCCUGCAGUGUGGGUCUGAGAUCUGGUUUGACACCUUCCACCUGUACAGGGAGGGGUCGCUGGACCCUCCCCAGCACCUUCAUCUGCAGGACACGUCUGCACCCUCUCAGGCCAACUUCACCCUCAGUCCUGUGACCUCAGGCUACCAGGGGACCUACAGGUGCUAUGGUUCAAACAGCACCUCCCCCUACCUGCUGUCACAGCCCAGUGACCCCUGGAGCUGGUGGUCUCAGGUGAGGAGCCCUAGACCUGCCCCCGUGUCCUCAUGUCUAGAAUGGAACCGGAAUAUCCUGAUCGGGGUCUCGGUGGCCCUCAUCCUGCUGUUCUCCCUCCUUCUCUUCCUCUUCCUCCGAUUCCGGCGUCAGAGCAAAGGCAGUACAUCGGCAGAUGCUGCCAUGAAGGACCCGCAGCCUGGGGAGAGCGUGGAGCUGGAUCCUCGGGUCCUCCUGCUGUGA